CUCCAUCAAAUCAUCAAUUAUUAAAGUAUCCAAAAUGUCAUCCGCUUCCCAAAGAUUAUCUCAACUAGGCAACCACCUCACUUCCAACAGAAAGGCCUCCUUGGCUCCUGAAAAACCUUACAAAAUCACAGUUAUCGGUUCUGGUAAUUGGGGUACAACAAUUGCAAAAGUUGUUGCUGAAAAUGCUGCUCUAAGACCUCAUUUAUUCCAAAGAAGAGUUGAUAUGUGGGUCUUUGAAGAACAAGUUAAUGGUCAGAAUUUAACUGAAAUUAUAAAUACAAACCAUGAAAAUGUUAAAUACCUACCUGGUAUCACACUACCUUCAAAUUUAGUUGCAAAUCCAGAUUUGGUUAACGCUGCUGAAGGUGCUGAUUUAUUAAUCUUUAACAUUCCUCAUCAAUUCUUACCAAGAAUCAUCAAGACUCUACAAGGUGCCAAUUUAAAACCUCACACUAGAGCCAUUUCUUGUUUGAAAGGUUUAGAAGUCACUCCAGAAGGUUGUGAAUUAUUAUCAACUUAUAUCACUGAACAUUUAAAAGUCCAUUGUGGUGCCCUAUCUGGUGCUAACUUGGCUCCUGAAGUUGCAAAGGAAAAAUGGUCAGAAACUACUGUUGCCUAUACUAUUCCAAAUGAUUUCCAAGGUCAAGGUAAAGAUAUUGAUAGAUUAGUCUUGAAAGCUGCCUUCCAUAGACCUUAUUUCCAUGUCCGUGUCAUUGAAGAUGUCGUUGGUGUCUCUUUAGCUGGUGCAUUGAAAAAUGUUGUUGCCCUUGGUGUUGGGUUUGUUCAUGGUGUUCAAUGGGGUGAUAACGCAGCUGCUGCUAUUCAAAGAUUUGGUUUAAAUGAAACUAUUAAAUUUGCUGAAAUCUUUUUCCCAGGUGAAACUAAUUCAGAUACUUUUACUAAAGAAUCUGCUGGUGUUGCUGAUUUAAUUACAACUUGUGCAGGUGGUCGUAACGUUAGAGUUGCUAAACAUAUGGCCAUUACUGGUAAAUCUGCUCAAGAAGUUGAAAAAGAAUUAUUAAAUGGUCAAUCUGCUCAAGGUGUCAUUACUGCUAAAGAAGUUCAUGAAUUGUUGGAUAAUAAAGGUUUAACUAAAGAGUUUCCAUUAUUUGAAGCUAUUUAUCAAAUUGUUUAUGGUACUGAAUCAAUUGAAAGAUUACCUGAAUUGAUUGAAGAAAAUGAAGAUUUAGAAGAUUAGAUGAGAAGAGAAUAGAAGAGAUAAAUAUAUAUCA